AUGCGAGGCUUUUUGGGAAAGGGCAAGAAGGAGCUGCGGCCCUUCUCGCUCAACAAGAAGGCCGCGUUCAUCUACUUCCCCGACAGCACACUCUCCAAAAAGGCACUCGAGAGGGCGGAUAACUUUUUCGAGUGGGACCAGGGCGUCCGGCUUCUGCAGGGCGCGGUAGAUGACCCGGACCCCGACGUGGACUUGCUGAGCGAUGAAGACUUCACGGAUUCGAGCGCAGGAGCAUAG